GGCCCGGGAGGCGCGGCCCGGGCGGGACCGAGCUGCCCUCCGCGCUUGACGCGCAGGUGACUCCCCACCUCCCGCCCGCUCGGCUUCCUGGGACGCGAACCUUCGGCGCGGGCGCGGCUGCGGCGCGGCUCCGGGCGCUCCCGGCGAUACCUCUCAUCCCUGCAUGAAUGGGCAUUUGAAAGUACCAUUGUCAAAGGUUUGCAAGCAUGGAGACCUCAUCACUGCUUUCCUCCUUGCAUGAUGAGUGUAAAUCAGACAAUUACAUUGAACCGCACUACAAGGAAUGGUAUCGAGUAGCUGUGGACACACUGAUUGAAAAUGGGUUAGAUGCAUACCAAGAAUUUCUUGCCAAGGAACGAGUGUCGGACUUUCUUGCCGAGGAAGAAAUUAAUUAUAUUUUGAAAAAUGUUCAAAAAGUGGCACAAAGCACAGCACAUGGUACUGAUGAUUCCUGCGAUGAUACCUCAUCUUCAGGGACUUACUGGCCCGUUGAGUCUGAUGUGGAAGCUCCAAAUCUUGACUUGGGCUGGCCGUACGUGAUGCCUGGACUCUUAGGGGGGACCCACAUUGACCUCCUCUUUCAUCCACCAAGAGCACAACUACUUACAAUUAAGGAAACCAUUCGGAAGAUGAUAAAAGAAGCAAGAAAGGUCAUUGCUUUAGUGAUGGAUAUAUUUACAGAUGUGGACAUUUUUAAAGAAAUAGUGGAGGCAUCAACUCGAGGGAUAUCUGUGUACAUUCUGCUUGAUGAGUCCAACUUUAAUCAUUUCCUAAGUAUGACUGAGAAACAGGGCUGUCAAGUUCAACGACUCAGAAAUAUUCGAGUGCGGACCGUAAAAGGCCAAGAUUAUCUUUCCAAAACAGGAGCAAAAUUUCAUGGAAAAAUGGAACAGAAAUUUUUGUUAAUUGACUGCCAGAAAGUUAUGUAUGGGUCCUACAGCUACAUGUGGUCAUUUGAAAAAGCGCACCUCAGCAUGGUUCAGAUGAUCAGAGGACAACUUGUUGAGUCCUUUGAUGAAGAAUUUAGGACUCUCUAUGCCAGGUCCUGUGUCCCUAGCUCAUUUGCACCGGAAGAGUCAGCAAGGGUGAAGCACGGCCAAGUGCUCUGGGAGAAUGGCAUGUACCAGCGUUCAGUGUCUUCCUUAGCUUCCGUUUCCAGCCAAAGAAACCUCUUUGGUAGACAAGACAAAAUUCAUAAGCUAGAUUCUAGCUACUUCAAAAACAGAGGGAUAUAUGCUCUCAACGAACGUGACAAAUAUAGCAUAAGAAACCACGCGUACAAACCGCAUUUUGUUCCCAACUUCAAUGGUCCAAUCCGUCAGCAUCAACACGGUCAGAUAAGUGAAAACUGGAAGAGGCAUAGCUAUGCCGGGGAACAGCCAGAAACGACACCAUACCUGCUGCUCAACAGGGCUCUGCAUCGAACCGUUAAUGCUCCCGGGACUUGGAAAAGGCCUUCGGAUAGUCUCAGUGUGGCAUCCUCGUCCCGGGGAGGCUAUGCAGGCCGCCAGAAUACACCUGCCCAGAGUUUUGCUGACCGACUUGCCCAGAGGAAGAUGACAAACCUUCCAGACAGGAAUUCCAAUGUGCGGAGGUCUUUUAACGGCACAGAUAAUCACAUUCGCUUUUUGCAACAGCGCAUGCCCACGCUUGAGCACACCACCAAGUCAUUCUUGCGUAACUGGAGAAUUGAAUCCUACUUAAAUGAUCGUUCAGAAGCUGCCCCAGAUUCCAACGGAUCGGCUCUCGGUGACCGGUUUGAGGGCUGUGACGGUCCCGAGAAGUUGAAAGCCAAUGCCCUUUAUACUCACUCUCGGCUUCGUUCUUCUUUUGUGUUUAAACCCACUUUACCUGAGCAACAGGAAGUUAACAGCUGUACCACUGAUUCCUCAAAUUCAACUGUUGUUGGUUCCCAGGGAAGUGACACGCCUAAAAAGAUCCCAGACACCCCAACAGACACGCAGCAUCUGACAGACAAACCCUUGCAGGAAUCAACCCCCAAGCUCCCAUUGCAGUCAGAGGCACCAAAAGUGCACACCCUACAGGUUCCCGAAAGCCACCCAGCAGUUUUAAACUCAGCUACAAAUGGCCCUACGGAGUCAAACAACUCUUUAUAUACAACCUUGUGUGUAAAUAAGCAGACAGAAAACCUAAAGAAUCCACAAAAUGAGAAUCUGCUUAAAAGGCGAAGUUUCCCAUUCUUUGAUCACUCAAAAGCCAAUUUAGAUCAUGGAAAUAGUAAGCAUUAUGUGUAUAGUACACUUACUAGGAAUCCAGUUAGAAAACCGGAAAAACCUAAAGAGGAUUUGUUAAAAAGUUCUAAAAGCAUGCAUAAUGUGACCCAUGGCGUGGAAGAGAAGGAGGAGGAGGAGGAGGUUACCAAGAAAGACCCUCCAAGUGGCAGUGCUACCAAGUCAAUUUCCAUUGCUGCUUUGCUUGAUGUGAAUAAGGAAGAACCCAAUAAAGAAGUCACUCCCAAGAAAGAAGUGAAGGGUUCUCCAAGUUUUUUGAAAAGGGGAUCUCAGAAGUUAAGGUCAUUACUUAGCCUUGCCCCAGAAAAGAAAGAAAAUCUAUCCAAAAGUAAAGCACCUGCCUUUUAUAGAAUGUGUAGUAGUUCUGACACUUUAGUUUCUGAGGCUGAAGAGAAUCAGAAACAAAAAAAAUCAGAACCCAAGAUUGACUCAUCUCCUAGAAGAAAGCAUUCCUCUUCAUCCAACUCUCCAGGCAGCGUCCACAAGAGUAAGGAAGAUGUAGCAGAUCAUUCAUCUCAGGGGAUACAUUCUUCAUCUGAUGAAAGUAACAAAACCAUACCUUCUUUAGGAGCAGUUGAAAGCAAGUUCUUGGAAAGAGCAGGAGAUGCCUCUGCCCCGAGAUUCAACACUGAGCAGAUCCAGUACCGAGAUUCAAGGGAGAUGAAAGCAGUUGUUCCUGAAAGAAUACCAGCUUCUCCAAGACCAAAGGCCAACGAUGAGCUUCUAAGAACUCAUUCAAUUGACCGACGUGUUUACAGUCGUUUUGAGCCAUUUUGUAGAAUUGAAAGCUCUAUUCAGCCAACAAGCAACAUGCCAAAUACCAGUACACGCCGCCCAGAAAUGAAAUCCUCAACUAUGGGCAAUAGUUAUGGCAGGUCUAGUCCAAUGCUUAAUUAUAACAGCGGUGUUUACCACUCAUAUCAGCCAAAUGAAAACAAGUUUCGAGGAUUUAUGCAGAAGUUUGGAAACUUCAUACACAAAAAUAAAUAAAAUUCUGUAAUUACAAAUAGACUUUAAAAUACAAAAUGAAUGUGGCUAUAAAUAUUUGUCCAAAGAACAUUGUGGAUGUUUUUUGUAAUAUUCUAACAGAUUUCUAUGGGGGCAAAAUUUGGGGUGUGAUGUAUAUGUUUACCAACUUACUAAUGUACAGUAAAGUUUUUGUUCUGUGUGAUAAAGUUAGUUGUGCUUAAUUACACUAUAGAUGGAAUGUCUAUAAAUACAUGAUUUUUAAAUGGUAAUGGUGAAACAAAUGUAAUGAAAUUGUUUUCUUCAGACUGAAGAUCUUCUUAAGUCUUAAAUGGAAACUUGUGGAGAGAUGGUGUAUGGAUUUUAACCAUUCAUUGCAAACUCUUUCCUUAUUGAAAAGGAUGGUAACACUGUCAGCAGUCCUUUAUAGUAUGUCUUUGUGGGGGCUUUCAUAUCUUCAGAUUAUGAGAAAAUAGGGCAAAGCCUUUGUGGUUUUUAAUUACCUUUAAAUUCUACAAGAUAAUUCAUUGUAUUUUAUUAAUGUUUUAUUAAUUUUUCUGUGGAACUGGUUGGGCAGUAACGGUACAAUUUAAACCAUAUAGCACAACACAUUUUUUAUUUUAUCUGAAGUGUUUGCAAAGUAUCAGCCUCAGGGAGUUCAAGUACAUCAUAGAAAUUUAUUUUCAGGAUGUGCUUAUUUCCACUCUGGACUAAGGGACCCUGUACUCAACUCCACCCAUCAGCUGCUGAACUUUUACUGUCAUUCUUUCCUUCAGGCUUAUAGCAAGCCAGCGGGAAUUUGGAAAACCUGAAUUAUUCCUCUCUUUUUUCUAAUACAAAGACGCUUUUAGAAAUGUAAACGUCUACAUAAAUUUUUAUCUUGGAUUAGUAUGACGGUGCUUAGGUGUUUGCUUAGGUGGCAAAAGUUUUUGCUCUUUUUUAUACUGUGCCAAAUACACUCUGACUGCAUAGUGUUUUCAUGAGAGAACCCUGAUGAAAAUGAGGAGUACAACCUAGCCUGGUUCUCCCAUAACCUUGGGGCCUGGUGGAAAGUUCUAAAUCUUUCUAUAUUUUAAUUUGAUGAUAAUAUGCUGUUCACAAGAUACCCUUUGCCUUUUCUUAGAGUCAUGAAAUAAAAGCUCCACAUCCAUUACAGAGACUUUAACUUGGCUUUACUUCAUCCACAAAGAACAGAAUUCAAGAAACAAUGCAUCAUUUCAAAACUGGAAAGUGUUUCUAUGAAGCUUAUUUUUUUGCCACACUGCAAGGCACGCAAGCAGAAUCUUAGUUCCUUGACCAGGGAUCAAACCCACGCCCCCUGCAGUGGAAGCGCAGAGUCUUAACCAUAGGACCACCAGGGAAGUCCCCUAUGACACUUUAAAUAUAUUGUUUAACACCUUCUCACUUGCUAUAUGGGGCAGCAUAUUGUUUUAAAAAUUCAAGAUUUAGUCAGAUAUUAAUAUUUACAUCAUUACUCAGUAAUUAAAAUAAUAACAUUAAAAUAUCUAUAUCAUUAAAAUAAUUUUCCACAGUAUUUUAAAACCAUGAUAAGAAACAGGACAGGAAAAUACACAGCAGCAGGGGAAGAAAACCUACCAUUCAUAGACCAGCUCCUGAGCUAGAAUCUAAAGUCCCCACGGCAACAUUUUGUGGCUACCAUUGUCCUCAUUACUUAUAGGUGAUAAUUUUGACAUUGAGACUCAGAGAGAUAAUGCCCCAAAUCACAUCACCAAUAAGUCAUGGUACUAAAGUGUCUAUAACACUGUCAUAUCCUGUUGCCUUCCAAAUGUACUCAACACCUGCUUCUCCCAAACUGUUGAGAAUUCAAUAAGAGAACGUUUAUAUUUCCUGACUUAACAACAAUCAACUAGGAAAGUUUAGUUGAAUUCUACCAGACAACCAAGGACACGCAGGGCUUAAAACACUUAGUAGGUGGGGUAACUUUCUGAAGGUAACCUAGGAGGCCAGUUUUAAUUGGUAGGCAGCCAUUUUGACCUCCUUCAGUUGACCUUUGACCAUGAGAGGAAGAGAAAAGGAACCGGAAGUGGACCUGCCCCUAACCUGCUUCUGUGCUAGAGAAGGAAGCCCACUAGGUUAGGAACUAGGCAAGGGAAGGAACUCAAUGUUAAAUACAUUGUCUCAUUGAAUAUUCAUGGUCACCCUGUGAAGUUAGUACCUCGCAAAUGAGAAAGCUAAGCCUCAGAGAAGUUACAUAACUUUCCAAAGGCAACACAGCUCUCAGUUGGUAGAACUGGGGUUUGAACACAAAAGCCUAUAUUUUUAAUACUAUACCACUCUAUCCCUUGCUGGCUUCUACUCCACUAUGCUUGAGGAACCUUCUUUGAAAGUAGUUGUCUUUCUCUUUUGCUAUCUCUUUAAGAGUUGCAGAAAUAUACAAGUAACUGUACAGCAAUAGCAUUUUAUACACACAAACCCAGAAUAUAUUACUCAAUUUUGCAUCAUUCAUAAAAGUAGGUUUUAAAACUCCUGUUAGGGACUUUCCAAGUACUAUGUUGUGGGAUUGUUUUGGAAAGCUGAGUGUAAUAGAUUGGAAAACUUGCACACUUCCUAUUAAUUCAGCAGCAUAAAAAUAAAAUAUUAAGAGUGAACAGUCAUUUUUCACAGGAAAAAUAGCUGAGUAUAUUUACAAAAAAAUUUGAAUUUUAAAACAAAAUGGCCUUUGGAAUGUAUAUUUCCUUAGAAUCAAAUAAGGAAUUCAGUUGCAAUAAGAAAACUAUUUCUAAUUGUUAGUGUGUUAAAUUUUAGAGUCAUCUUCAUAGAUUAGUAUCAGAUUAUUAAAAAGCAUUAUUAGAAUUGAGGUUUAAUGAGUGAAAGAGAUUUUUCACUUUGCUCUUAGAAAAAUUCACUUCUGUGUAUCUGGACCAUAGUCAUUUACUGAUUUAUCAAAGGAGAACCUGGAGUUAACCAAACCAGAUUGAUUUUAACAUUAGCCAUCCUUUGUUAUUGUGAGAUGGGGCAUCUUUCAGCGCUAAGGGGCUAAUGGCUGUCAUUAGGUAGCUCUGAAAUUGGAAGUCCUGAAGUUUAUAGCAAUGCAACUGAAAUUGCAAAAAGGCGAAAUUACAUAAAGACUAGAAUUUUAAUCACGUUUAAUUACAUGCAAAAGCCUGUUGCCUUUUUGUACAGCAGCUGCCAUCAUUUCUGGAAACACGGAGAGCUUUUAAGCAGUUGCUGAGUUCCUCCUCUCCCUGGUAGAGUUGGAAGCCCAGGGCUUCAUUCCAUCCACCUAUGACGGGUAGCUUGGGCUUUUUCCCAGCAGAUUUAUUCCCCCUCUGCCUCUUUUCUUUGAUUAUUUUCUUUCUAUUUUUUCCUCCAGAAAUAUCUAUAUGUCAGGAUCUAUACAUAGUAACUUUCCAAAGUUUCUGAGGCUGAGAAACUCUGCAGGGUUAAGACCGAGCAAGAACAUAAUGCUUCAGAUAAUUUACUCAAGGUUUUGAGUUUUCAACAGACACUCCCAAGCUUCGUGGAUGUAAUCAUUUCAAGCAAUAUAUUUUCUUUUUCUCCCUGUGUUAAUAUUGGUGGAAAGAUAAUAUCACUUAGAUGCAGUUUCGUAUUAAAGUUUGGUGAGGCAAUUUUUAUUCUCUACAUAGCACAUUAGUUUGUAAGCAGAAACUCAAGAAGUUAGGUAUGAAUUCAAAGUAGCUCUUGACAGGUAGUUUCAGAAUAAAGUGCCUGUAUCCUGAACACACUGGUAUCCCUGUGUUUCAGGGAUUAGGAUUGGCUGCAAUUCUGAUAUGGCGUGUUGAGGUCUGGAUAUAUGUUAACCAUCUACAUUUGUGGAAGCAAAUAUCUUAUUUAAUCGAGAUGGCGUCUGAUGUGAUUCAGAUAAGGUUGAACUCUGGCUGCACUUCCCUAUACCUUUACUCAAGAUUUUCCAGUUAUUCAACUACGAUUCCACAGAUAUUUGUCUUUUGUGAAUAUCUGUUGAUUCUUAAUGUGCCUGUGGCUGAGGUAUAUAAAGUAGAAUCAUUGUUUCACAUAAUGUGUGACCUCUGUGUGAUGCUGUAUUAAAAAAAAAAGUUUACCAUAAGAUUCAUUUUGGUUCUAUAAUAUUUAAAAAGAAAAAGAUGAAAUUAUAAACCAGAGAGAGUCAACUUUUUAUAUACAUGCAAUGUUAGCAAAUAAAUAUUCUUCCAAAUUAACUUGUGUUGCUAGAGUUAAUAAAUGAAUAUUAAAUAAUUUUGCACAAAAUCCAUAUAUCGUAAGUUGUUUAC